GGUGGCUGAGCGGCGCAGUGACAGCUCAGUGAGCAGCUGAAGUGCUCGGCUGCGCCGGAAUGGACUGCCUCACCUUCCACCGGGACGUUUUCUGACAGAAAGUGGCUUUUCCAUGAGUCGGUUGUAGCAGAUCCAGUGUGUGGAGGGGUGUGUGUUUGUGUGAAGAAGGGGAGACGGGGGAGGCAUGCAUGCAGCGGCAAAACCAUGGCUUUAAACCGAAUGUCUCAGCUGUGCCACGAUAUCACCAGGCUGUGGCUGCAGCUGAAGAUGCGAACAGAUGACAUCGUGCAGAAGGAGGACGGUCCGCUGUGUGCAGCUGAAAUUGGCUCUGAACUCCAGAAACAGUUUGCCAUCCUCCCAGGCGGCCGCGGGAUGAACGGCAACCCCGUCGUCGUCCUCCCAGAGUUCCCAGCUUUCGGCGAGCUAGGGGAGGAGGAGGUACAGGAUGUGCUCCGCUACCUGACGAGCAUCCCCAGCGCCGCAGCAUCAGGACUGGGUUUCAUCCUGAUCGUCGACAGACGGCUGGACCGAUGGGCCGCCGUCAGAGCCACCCUGCUUCGCAUCGCAGGAUCGUUUCCGGGGAUCUUGCACUUGGUUCUGGUGUUGCGUCCCUCCACGUUGUUCCAGCGGACCCUGUCAGACUUCCUGUUCAAGUUCAACAAGGAUGAGUUCAAAAUGAAGGUGGUGAUGCUGAGUUCGGUAACUGAGCUCCAUGCUUACAUCGACCCCGGACAGCUGACCACGGAGCUGGGCGGCACUCAGGAGUACUGCCACGACAGCUGGAUCUCGCACCGCACCGCCAUUGAGGCGUUCGCCCUCAUGGUGAAAUCCACAGCUCAGACCCUGCAAGUGUUCGGAACUGAACUCGCCGAGACGGAGCUGCCCAACGACGCCGAGGCCACCACCAACCUGCUGCAAGGGCACACGUUAAAGAAAAACAAAAUGAAGGAGGACCUGCAGGUGGCGCUGUCCCAAGGAAAACGCCUGUUAGCAUACAUAAACGAGCCUCUGGAGACGGAUCCUAUGUACAACAUGACGCAAGAUGAACUGGAGAACUUGUCUACUGUGCAGAGACUCCUAGGUCAGCUGGAUGAAACGGAGACGGCAUUUGACGACUUCUGGGAACGUCACCGCACCAAGCUGGAGCAGUGUCUGCAGCUGAGACAUUUUGAAAAGCACUUCCGUGAAGUGCGCGGCCAGCUCGACGUGACGUUCGAGCGGUUAUCGGAGUUCUCUGAAGUCAGCAUAAGCCCCGCCCACGCGGAGCACGUCCUCCGAGAGCUCAGCAGCCACGAGGACAAAGCCUGCGACUUGGUAGACCGUGCCCUGACCUUGGCCAGUGAAGGUGACAUGCUCAUAGAAAACUCCCACUACGCCGAGGACUCCAUCAGGCCGAAGUGCAGCGAGCUGAGAGGUGUGUGUGAGGAGAUCAGCUCCACUCUGACGAGCAAGAAGAGCCUCCUGCUCAGAGCCAUGGAACUCCACCACGCUUUGGAGAAGGUGUCCCAGUGGUGCGAGGACGGUAUCUUCCUGUUGGCGAACCAACCAGUGGACCGUUGUCAGUCUCAGGAUGGAGCCGAAGCAGCCCUGCAGGAGCUGGAGCGAUACCUGGACACCGCAGCUCUCCACACCCUCGCGGACCACAGCGCCAUCUGCUGUCAGUACGAGGCGGUGCUCAAUCCUCAGCUCAGGGACCUGAUGGACAAAGUUUUCCAGAAGCAAAGCUCCGUCCAGGAGAUGUUCGAGAAAAGGCGAGUCAGCCUGAAGAAGCUCGCCGCCAAACAGACGAGACCGGUCCAGCCGGUAGCGCCGAGGCCGGAGGUCAAGUCUCCGCUUUCCUCUCCGAAUCCAGAGAGAAAAGAGAGGAGACACUCGGCGGACAGUGCCCUCUGCAGAAAGUUGGAGUUCCCCAUCCACAACGGUGGCACGAGACACGCCUCUCUGUCAGAAGAGGAGGAGAACCUGGCAGUCCUUCGGCGUCAUGUGAUGAACGAGCUGCUGGAGACGGAGAGAGCGUACGUGGAGGAGCUUCUGUGCGUUCUGGAGGGCUACGCGGCAGAGAUGGACAACCCCGCCAUGGCUCACCUCAUCCCCAGCACCCUGCUCAGCAAGAAGGACAUCCUGUUUGGAAACAUGUUUGAGAUCUACCAGUUUCAUAAAAGGACGUUCCUAAAGGAGCUCGAGGAAUACACCGACUGCCCAGAACUCGUGGGCCGCUGCUUUUUAGAGCGGAUGGAGGACCUGCAGAUCUACGAGGCGUACUGCCAGAAUAAACCUCGCUCCGAGAGUUUGUGGCGGCAGUGCUCCGACUGCGCCUUCUUUCAGGAGUGCCAGAAGAAGCUGGAACAUAAACUUGGUUUGGACUCCUACCUCCUUAAACCCGUCCAGAGAAUCACCAAAUACCAGCUGCUGCUUAAAGAGCUGUUGAAGUACAGUAAGGGCUGCGACGGCUGUGAAGACCUCCAGGAGGCGCUCUCCUCCAUCCUGGGCAUCCUGAAGGCCGUCAACGACUCCAUGCACCUCAUCGCCAUCACAGGAUAUGAGGGGAACCUGUCGGACCUCGGCCGCCUGCUGAUGCAGGGCUCCUUCAGCGUGUGGACGGAGCACAAGAAGGGCCACGCCAAGGUGAAGGACCUGGCCCGCUUCAAGCCCAUGCAGAGGCACCUGUUCCUGCACGAGAAGGCGCUGCUGUUCUGCAAGAGGAGGGAGGAGAACGGCGAGGGCUACGAGAAGGCGCCGUCCUACAGCUUCAAGCACUCCCUGAACAUGAGCGCCGUCGGCAUCACGGAGAACGCCAAGGGAGACAACAAGAAGUUCGAGAUCUGGUGCAACUCCAGAGAAGAAGUGUUUAUAGUGCAGGCUCCGACGUCGGAGAUUAAAACCGAGUGGGUGAAGGAGAUCCGCAAAGUCCUGACGCAGCAGCUCAAAGCGUACAGAGACGCCAGCCAGCAGAAAAGCUCGGACUCUUCGAAUCCCGCCAGCAACGGCGGCUCCGCCUCCCUCAGCCCCUUCCGCGGCAACAAUCAGAAGAACCAGAAGAAGCAGGAGGAGAAGAAGGCGGAGCCAUCUGACCCCACGUCCUGUUCUUCACCCAAACACAAAGACGACGCCGUGACCAGCCCGACCACCGACAGGUCCUCGGUGGCUAAAAAGCGUUUUACUUUGCAGGGUUUCAGCAAUCUGAAGAGUCCCAAAGCUCUGAGCCCGGAGCACGCCUCCAAACGCCACUCGGUCAAAAGUGACCCCACCCCCUUUGGCUUCAAAGGCUGGAACAAGGCGUCGCUCUCGGUGGACGCGUCGGAGGACAACGACGGCUACUCCAGCGGCGAGGACCCCAUGAACUCUGACACGGAGGACGAAGUCGUGAGGAAGCUGGCUCCAGGACGGUACACCGUGGUGGCAGACUGCGAGAAGGCGGGUCCUCAGGAGCUGUCCGUCAAGAGUGGAGACGUGGUCCAGCUGAUCCGAGAAGGAGAGGAGGGACAAUGGUUUGUGAAGAACCUUCGCAGCGGUAAAGAUGGCUGGGUGUCGGCGGCGAACCUCCUCAGCCUGAUCUCAGAGUCCAAGUCCUCGCAGUCGCUCAGCAGCUCAGAUGGCAGCGUCUCCGGGAACCUCAGCACGUCCUCCAGCUGCAGCGAGACCUACACCAGCUUCUCGGACAUCAAACCCUGACCUGAGAUCGCCGCCCCGUCUCCGUUUCCACGGCGGGGUCGUGGGAGUCGUACGCCUCUCGGACCCGCUUUAAAAGAAAAAGGCUUUCUGAGCACGACUUUGGUGCCAUGUUGUGAAUAUGUAGCGUCUAAUACAGACAAUUCCAAGACU